AUGGAAUCAUCAAAUUUAAAUAAUGGUAAUAUUGAGAAUGAAGAGAUUAAAGUUAAAUUGAAUAAAGCAAAACAAAUUGAAAGAGAGAAUAUAUUUUUCCCAGUUAAGGAAGAAGAAAACGAAAAAGUAUAUAAAAUUGAAGGGUUAUUAUCAUACGUAACACCAGAGAAUAAAACAACCAAUGCUAAUUUAUGUGAAGGCGUAGCAAUAGUGGUUACACACCCACACCCAAUGUUGGGUGGAUCUUAUAGGAAUAACGUGGUUUUAGGUGUUGUUGAUUACAUAUCAACCUAUUUACAAAUUCCAACAUUAUGUUUCAAUUUUAGAGGUGUUGGUAAAUCUGAGGGCAAGGGAUCAUGGUUUGGUUCUUCUGAAAGAUUAGAUACAAUAGCAGCGGUAAACUACCUAUUAUCAACUAAAAAAUUAUCAACUCAAACUCCGAUCAAACAUGUCAUUAUUGUUGGCUAUUCAUAUGGUUCUGUAAUUGGUUCAUCAGUUGCUGAUUCACAUGACAGUAUUAAAGCAUUCACUUCAAUUAGUUAUCCAUUUGGUCCAUUAACUUUAAUGCUAUUAGGUAGUUUAUUAAAAUAUGCUUUAAAUUCACCAAAACCAAAAUUAUUCUUAACUGGUGAUAGUGAUAAUUUUACAAGUGUUUCAACAUUUAAAAAAAGAAUGAGUGAAUUUAAACAUUCAACAAAUUUACAAACAAAAAUAUUUGAUGGUGAUAUUGAUCAUUUUUAUGGUGGAAAUGAAAGAAAUUUAGCAAAAGAAAUAUCAAAAUGGAUUAUUAAGGUAUCUUUAGAUUUUAAUAACCAAAAUUAA